UACAAGAGUUUUACAGAAGUAAAUCAGCUAAGUGCAAACGAACUAAGGCCGUGUGUGUAAGACAUCACAUCUCGAACACUUUGCCAAGGACAUCCCGUGUCAUUUUCUUGUGUCACCUUUUAGGUCUUAGUACCACUGGAUGUGCUUCACCUGAUCGUGGAUUUUUUACCAUAGGAGAAGAGCGACUUACUGUCCAUGGAUUGACCCGAAACGCCAUGGAAACAAAUGAUGACCUCAACCUUCAAAUGCUGGUUGCUGCGCAACAAGGCGAUCUGGAUCGUCUAACCGAAAUCCUGGACACAGGCAUUGACAUCAACUCACAGGAUCUGAUGUUCUCGGAGACGGCCGUUGUUGCUGCUUGUCGCUAUGGUUGCACAGACAUUGUCAAGUUUCUUGUCUCAAAAGGAGCAAAUGUUAACAUCCAAACCAAAAAUGGUGGCACUGGCUUGCACGUUGCUGUGAUCAACUCAAAGAUACCAUGUUUAGAGUUCCUGCUAACCUGCCCCGACAUCAUGAAAGAUGUUCAUGAUGAUCUCGGCAUGACUCCAAUCAUGGUGGCAGCUCAUCGAGGACACCAUAAAGUAAUGGCAGCUCUUAUAAAAUAUGGUUGUCGACUUGAUACGACGAACAAUAAAGGGAAAGCUGCCAUUCAUUUAACCCAGCUGCCUUAUCAAGGACAUGUUGGUCAUCAUGAUGGCUUUCAGUGCCUCAAACAUCUCACCGAUGCAGGGGUCGACAUCAACACAACUGACCAUGAUGGGAUGACGCCAUUGCAUUAUGCAAUAAAGGGAGGUAACUUUGCUGCUGUGAAAUGGCUGGUGUCAGAAAACUGCGACCUUGACCGUACUGCAAAUCCAAGUGUGUUGCAAUUUACAAGGAAGGAUGUGCCUCUCCCUGUUACACCUCUAAGUGUGGCCGUGUUUUACUUUAAUGCGCGUGUUGUGAAACUUUUACUGGCUGUUGGACUGGUCAAGCAAAGAUAUUCUAAUAUUAUCUCCUAUUCAGAAAAUAAUUCAGAGAUCCGGUCCUUAUUAUCUGAAAUGUUACAAAUACCAGAAUCCCUGAAGAACAUCACAAGACGGACAAUUCGCAAAAAGAAUUGGCAGACAAAUUAAAACAAAGGUUGAUCUUCUCAUGUUACCAGAAGUUAUGAAGGAAUUCAUUCUUUGUCAAGGUGAAAUCAAAUUUUGACUCAUUUGUCAAGAGUCAAAUUGUAUCCCUUACUUGGAAAAUCAUCCCAAGAUUCCGUCCUUAUCAUUAGAAAUGUAACAAAUACCAGAAUCCUGAGAAACAUCACAAGGACAAUUAAAAAACUGGGGAGACAAUUUUAAACCUGGAUUGGUGAUAGUUAAAAUUUUACAUCACAUCAGCAUUAUUUCAGCCAAAUAAUGAUGAGACCUUGAUUGAUAUUGUUACCAAAAGCAAGGAAUUCAUUCUUUUGUUAUGGUGAAUUCAAAUAUUGACUCUUUUAAUUUCAUGAGUGAGUGACUGUUGAGUUGAAGACUGCAUUUAGCUAUAUUUGUGGAUGCAUCCACUGCAAUAAAGUUGCCUUUCCAUAAAAAGUGUUCCUCUUCUUCAGUCUAAUUGCGCAGAUCAAUGCUCAUUCUGUUGAUCACUGGAUUGUCUGGUCCAGACUCUAUUUACAGA